ACAAGGAAACGCAACCAUGAUUGUAAAAAAAACAGAAGUAUCGCAUGGAAGUAUUAUAACGAGCUUGUCUAUUUAGUUGAUAUCUAUUGAAUACUACAUUUCUCAUGCGGAUGCAUUCCAUGAUUUUAUUGUAAUGAAUUGUUGAGCUUCGUUGAAGUCUCGGAUCAAGGUUUGCAUCUGCGCUGUCGCGGUGUGCUACGUACGAGACUAACCAGAUUUUUCUCCAACCAAGACUAAAAUGGAUUGUAUAUUUUCGUUUAUACUGAAUUUCUCAACAUGCUAUGACUCGCCAAGGCUUUGCUCACUUUCUACAUUCACUACCCCUGUUUGUACGAUGCUUACCGCGCGAAAUAAGUAUAACCACCACUCGCAGGAAAAUGUCUCCCAUACCGCGGACAACAUGGACGAUGGUAUUCACUUGAACAGGAGAGCUAACCGGUAUGCUAUUGCUAGCCUUUCGGUGUAAGAAGAUGGAUAAGGGACAACAGUAAUGGAUGUUUCACCUGCAAUUAUGGACAGUGCUCUGGAGUGCACACCAAGUUAUUCUCAAAUGUGUCGCUAGCAACUUCCAGCGAAACGAACAGCUCUCAAAAUCAAGAUUACGUUAGCUAGCCCGGUAACAGCUGCUCAAACUAGCACUAGUUAGCUAGAUAACUAACGUUGGUUCUUGUUAUCCUUUAUUGCCAGACUAAAGUUUGAUUGGCAUGUUUAUUUUGACAGUCUAGUUAAUACACGAGUUACUAAUAUAUUGUGAACUAGCUACUAAAUGUCAGCGUGUUAAAUUGUCCUACACGUGUACGUUAGCUAGUUAACUAACCAAAAAGCUUUAACAAACUUCCCAGCAGCAAGCAGUCAAACGGUAUUCUUGAUCGAAACUUUACUAAUGUAUCUUGCAUAGUGACCAUUUGUUAGCCACAAGCCAGUAUUGAGAAUGUUUAAAAACAUGAAUCGCGAGGAACACUUUUCUGGUGUGAAGACUCCUCCAUCCACUCCCGCCGGGCAUGGAGUGGCCUCUCCCCGACAACCAAACCAGGAGCGCUCGUGGAUGGGCAUGUUCUCCGCGGUUUCUAGGCCUGCCCUGUCAUUUCUGCAAAAGUAUAUACCAUGGCGCCCUAGUACUCCUGCCAUGCCUCACAAUGUGACAGGGUGGGUCAGUGGGAAUUUCAAAGAUAACUUUGUAGAGGCAGAAAGCACAUUUUUAAGACAACUGGACGACGUCUUGCCUGGAACUCAACACCAUGCACAUCAUCUAUCGUACCUGCAAUACCAGCAUGGUAGCCCUGGGCUAGCAGCGUCAGGUGAUAAUACUCCGAGUUGGUUGACAGCAGAUUCUCUUUACGAGUUAGGGAUUCAAAAUGCUGCUGAAAUGGACUUAAAUAUAAGGCAACAAACUUCGGUAGGAUACCUCGCAAUCGCGAGAGGUUUUCUCAGUCAUGUUUUGUUGAACGCAGCGUCGGCUCAGGAAAUGAAACACCCAGACCAAGGGCAUGUACUUGGUGGGAACGGUUGGUCAUCUGACGCGGUGUCAGCCAGAGAAAAUAGUACCGCUGGUAACUGGUGGGGUGGGCUUUGGGGAACCAGUAGCGCCCAAGGGUGGCUGUCAAAUUUGUCUUGGAGAAAAGAGGGCACUGGGGAAAACAACAGUAAUGGUCAUUGUUUUCAACCGGACUGUGGUACAAAGGCUACGGUUACCAAGCCAACAGGGCUGUUUGUACAUUUCGAUGAUAACGAAUCAAUGGAUGGCAAAAGCAAUGGCGCCUCCUGCAACAAAGAGGAGCCAAAUGACAAUGGAAGCCUUCAAACAGCCACCUGGCCAGAGUCUCUCCCUUUCCCUGACAGUUUCUCAUUACAUCACUGGGAAACGGUCGGUAUCAGUGAUCAUCUUGUCAGAGUUGGAGCUGUCACUGCCUGCAGUGAGGUGGCAGUUUUUACCCCUGACCAGGAUAAUGGUUAUUCCAGUCUGGAAGAAGAACACUCCACCUCCAGACUGUACAUGUUAAGGCCUCCCAUUGAAGAGCUACAGGGGAUCACAGAGAUGAAGGAAGAGACCAGCACAUCUGACACACCAACACAGGGGAGCUCUGGAGAGAGUGGGCCAGAGAGGGAUGCAUCCAAUCAUAGAGAAGUGGGUGAGACUGCUGCCACUGGAGGGAUGGAAUUAGAGGAGGAGGAAGAGAUUGAGGACUCUGACUUCUCAGACUCUGAGGAAGAGGAAACGGCGGCUGAGGGUCCACCAGUGUCGACCACCGCUUUGCCCCCCUCCACCCCCCCAGUGCAGUAACAAGGCCAUCGCCUACAUCAUGGGCAGCCCCUGCAGCGACGACAGCCAAUCAGACGACUCACUCAGCGAGGAGGAUGACGAUGGUUUCGACAGCGAGGGCUCGUCAGAAUUCUCCAAUUCCGAGUUGUUGGAUGACGAUGAAGAGGAGGAUGACUCUGAGACUGAGAGACUGUGGAACUCACUGUGCCAAAGCAGGGACCCCUACAACCCCCAAAACUUCACCGCCCUCAUUACCAACCCCAGGACCAUCCCCUCCACCUCUACAGCCACCACAGCCUGCUCCCCUCACACCUCACCCCCAGAGCAACCUCCCUCUCCCCUCUCCUCUUCUUCCCCCUCUCCUGUGGAUGAGUUUGGCUCUGAGUCCAGCAGCAGUGAGGUGGAUGAGGCUGAGAGCCUGAGGCUGUGGGACUCCUUCAGCACCUCCUCAGACCCCUACAGCCCAUUCAACUUCCAGGCCCUGCUCAGGACUAGAGAGCCAGUCAGGACAAGGGUAAAAGCUGGGACAGGGGCGCGCUGUAAGAAGAGCAGCAAGACAACCCCCCGUCAUGGUCAGGGACAGAGCCACUCACCCCCCCAGUACAGGAAGGAGGAGGCAGAGGAGAGACUGGACAGUGGCUUCUCAGAGAUCCCUCCCAACCCAGAGAUCACCACCACGGGCUGCAUCACAGUCAAAAAGGUGGGUUUCUGUGAUGAGGUGGAUGAGUUCUACGCCAGCGAGGACGAUGAGGACAGGCGUGGGCCGUGGGAGGAGCUAGCCAGAGACCGCUGUCGCUUCCUCCGCCGUGUUCAGGAGGUGGAGGAGAGCAUCGGCUACGUGUUCAGCUCCACCUUCCGCCUCACCGUCUGCCAGAGACAACACCACAGCUGACCCCUAACCUCUGACCCCUACAACACAACUGAUCGUAAAUCCUGUUUCUCUGUGACCCUCUAACACCCCUCCCUGUCCCUAAAUCCUAUUUUCAACAGACUGCAUCAGAACUUCUUAGUCAUCCCCCCUACCCAGUGAUCCUCCCCCAACUCCCAAACCUUCAGACUGGAUGUGCAGAAAAGACCACUUCAGAGCUGUUGACUAGACCAGUGGUUUCCAGACUGUUGACUAGACCAGUGGUUUCCAGACUGUUGACUAGACCAGUGGUUUCCAGACUGUUGACUAGACCAGUGGUUUCCA